UCUACAUCACGACGGCGAUGCUUUGAUUGUUGGCCAUCACACGACGGUUCAACUUUUGGUCGGAAAUGGCAAUCAGAUCACUUUCCCACCAAACCAAAACCAUAUACCGCCGUCUUUUCACCGGAACACUUCCUUCUCCGACUCCCCUUAUCUCACCCUAUUCGUCUCAACCUUUCCCUUCUUCUUCCUCCUUCUCUUCAACACAACUCGUCAACGACAUUUCUCGCAUUCUCAGUGACUACCGGAGCCCCCGCCACGACAUCGUUUCAGCUCUCACCCCCUUUGCAUCCGGCGUAACCACCGAUUUGGUUGAACAAGUACUCAAACGUUGCAACAAUCUUGGGUUUUCUGCUCACAGGUUCUUUCUUUGGGCUAAAGACUUGCCUGAUUUUGUACACAGCAAAAACAGCUAUCACAUUUUAAUUGAUAUCUUAGGUAGAAGCAAACAGUUUCCAUUGAUUUGGGACUUCCUUGGAGAAAUGAAAGAAUCUCAAUCUUGCGAAAUUAGUUCUGUAAUUUUCUGGGUUAUUUUUAGUGCUUAUAGUAGAGCUAAUUUGCCUUCUGACGCCAUUAGAGCUUUCAAGAACAUGGUUGAUUACGGGAUUCAUCCGAGUAUUACUGAUCUAGACCAGCUUUUAUAUGUGCUUUGCAAGAGGAGACAUGUGAGGGAUGCCCAGAUGUUUUUUGAUGAAAUUAAGCAUGAAUUUAAUCCUAGCGUGAAAACCUACAGCAUUCUUGUCAGAGGUUGGGGCUACAUUGGAGAAUCAAGUGAAGCACAGAAGGUGUUCGAUGAAAUGCUUGAAAGACGAUGUUGUGUAGAUGUGCAUGCUUAUAAUAGCAUUUUGGAGUCUAUGUGUAAGGGAGGUGAUGUCACUGGAGCUUAUAAGUUAUUCCGCGAUAUGAGGCCGAAAGGGCUUGAACCCGAUGCCUUCACUUACUCCAUUUUCAUCCAUGCUUCUUGUAAUGCAAACGAUCUCCAUUCCGCCUUUCGAGUUCUUGAUCGGAUGAAAAGGUAUAAUCUCGUCCCUAACGUGUUUACAUACAACGCCAUCAUCAAAACCCUUUGUAAAAAGGAUAAAACCGAAGAAGCUUACCAACUUUUAGAUGAAAUGAUCGAAAGAAAAGUGAAACCCGACGUCUGGAGCUACAAUGCAAUCUUGAAUUUCCAUUGUAAUCGGUUAGAAGUUAACAUGGCCACUAAACUUGUAUCAAGAAUGGAUACGGAUUCAUGUGAACCUGAUCGGCAUACGUAUAACAUGUUGCUCAAAAUGCUGAUUCGGGUUGGGAGGUUCGAUAGGGUCACGAGCUUAUGGGAGAAGAUGGAAGAGACAGGUUUCCAUCCAUCGGCUUCAACGUAUGCCGUGAUGGUUCAUGGCUUUUGUCGGAAGAAAGGGAUGGUGGAGGAGGCGUGUCGGUAUUUUGAAAUGAUGGUUGAUGGCGGCAUUCCGCCAUACGGGUCGACUUGUGAGUUAUUGAGGAACAAAAUCAUUGGAUUAGGGUUUGCAGAACAAGUGGAGAUACUUGCAGAAAAGAUGGAAAGAAGCAGUUCUUGUUCGAUUCAAGAUCUUUCUGGGAUCAUGAGAGGUAAUAGGAAGAGCACCAAAAGGGAAGAAGAUAGUGAAGAAGAGGGUGAUUAUUGACACCAUAAAAGCUUACAAAUUUGGUAUUUUGGAUACCAGAAAAUUCAGUUGUAAACCUGUUUUUCAUUAUGAAUCAGGGGAUAAA